CACCUAAUCGGACGAUGGAAACUUCAGUAGCAUGUGCUUCAACGAGAAUUGAUUGCUACCAACCGCAAAGGAUAUCGCAUUUGAUAGAACAAAGUAAUGCAUUCGAUUGGUCAGCCGACGUUUAAUCCUUCGCUUUACAAUUCAUGGUCGGCCCAUGACAGUACGAGUAACAGGUAAAAAUGAUGGUGGAGAAGGAAAGAUGUUCAGGGUUGUUGAUUUGCGUGGUUGGGAUAAUGAAUCUGGCCGCAGCAUCCCGAUAGAGCGAACGCCAAAAGCAGCGGAAAGACUUGCCUGCAAGUUGCCUUUCAUCAGGGCCACACGUUCAGUGUGGCCCUGAUGAUUGGAUGAUUGGUUGCCCUGUUGAUUGGUUGGAUUCUUAUUGUCCAAAGGGGCAUCUAUGGAAAUUCCUGACGAUGACGGUGAUACAGCCUUACAUUAUGCCGCUUUUGGAAAUCAGCACGAAGUUAUGGAACUGCUCAUAAAAAAAGGAGCCGUCAUUGAUAGUACUAAUCGCGGACGCUGCACACCUUUGCAUGUCGCUGUCAAUAAGCAGUUUCCUGCUUGUGUUCAGAUGCUCCUCAAAUACGGAUGGGACGUCAAUGUUCAAGACUCGUACGGAGACACGGCCCUGCACGAUGCAAUCGGCAAGGAAAAUGCGGAUAUUAUAGAAGCUUUAGCUUCGGCAUCAGCUGUCGAUUGUACACUGAGGAACACGCGGGGUUUCAAUGUUCUUCAUCACGCCGCUCUCAAAGGGAAUUAUUUCGCGGCGGAGCGCAUUUUGAUGCGCAGUCGACAGCUGGUGGAUGUGAAAAAGGAUGACGGAUUCGCAGCCCUUCAUUUAGCUAGUUUGAAUGGCCAUGUUCAGAUGGCCUUUCCCCGAUUAAAAUGAAUCGGGGCCGAGACCUACGAGUGAGACAAAAAUUACCAGUAAAGGAGGAUCGCCCGAUCAAUCGUUGCCACCUUCCGUCGGCAUUGAAUGCAUUGUCUGCUGUGAAAAUCCGCCGGAUGUGCGUUUUGAACCUUGUGGCCAUGUCGUCACCUGUUCCAAAUGUGCCCAACGGAUGAAAAAAUGUUUACAUUGUUCUCAAAUCUAAUUCCGCGUUGUGCUUUCUUGCAGACGGCACCCCGAUAUCAAGCCAAUCGUCUCAACAGCCCAGCCAAGAUCGCUUAAAAUAUUUGGAAUCUCGUAUCGCUAAAAUAGAAGAGGCUUAUACAUGUUCCAUUUGUAUGGAACGCCGAAGGAAUGUGGCUUUCCUUUGCGGCCAUGGUGCGUGUGACAGCUGUUCGCUCAACUUUCGCCAUAUGUGCCGAAAGUUGAUCGCACGUAAAAUCAAUCUGUAUUGAACAAAAGGAGCAUGCGAACAAUGUUAAAGAAGGGGUUCGUUCAGCUGUUUGUUCCAAGCGAAAGGAAGUAAGCAGCGCUUUGCUGCUACCGUUUCCAGUUCAAAUAGAAUAUACUUGGAAAGUCAUAUUUCACAACUGCUAGAACGGGACCUCAGACUAUGCAUUGUUUGGCCCAUCCUAUCAGCACCUCAUUUUUGUGUAAAUUUUAUUCUGGUUGAAUUCAAUGUGAAGUUUUUGUCUGUCUUGGAUUUAGCAUGAUGAUUAUGUCUAGUUAUACUGGAUAUAUUGUUUGUGCCUUUAAAACGUUUGCAAAAAAGAAUGUUCUUAGAUCUGACACCAUGUGUUACUGCAUUGAUUAAAGAUCCUUGAAUAACUCA